GCCAAAAAGGUUUCUCUCCUUUGAUUUAGACACAGUUAUCCCUUCCUUUUUCUACCAUUAUAUUUCCUCUCCUCGUCCGAGUGCCAACCCCUUCUUGUUUGCCUUUCCAUUUAAUAUUCCAAAGACAAAGCUCCUUUCGUUUCCCUAUCAGUGAAUUCAUUUCUCCAUUUUCUUCCUGGCCUUUUUUGCCAAUCACUAAGCACUUUGAUAAACACUUCUUUCUCUCUUUUUUUUUUUAUUUUGUUUUUCUCUCUCUCCCUGUCUCUCUCUUAUAGUCUUAUGUUUGAGGUUCAAUCAUAGUAUAUUUAUUCAUAAUUCUCUUAUUGAUAAUAAAAAGGAGGUUUUCAGGGCUUUUUAGCAUCGGGGUCGACAUGGAUAAGAUGCUUUUUGUCAUAUCAUUUUGCAUGCUUUUCAGUUGUGCAUUCAUUGAAGCUGUUCAAAAUGGCUCACUCGUAACUCAACUACCAGGCUUCAAUGGUGUUUUCCCAUCCAAACACUACUCAGGAUAUGUGAAGGUAGAUGAGAAGAAUCUCUUCUACUACUUCGUCGUUUCAGAAAGAAACCCUUCCAAGGAUCCAGUUGUUUUGUGGUUGAAUGGUGGACCAGGAUGCUCUAGCUUUGAUGGAUUUGUUUAUGAACAUGGUCCUUUUAAUUUUCAAGAGGGAAAACCCGAAGGAAGCCUGCCCACACUUCAUCUCAAUCCAUACAGUUGGUCUAAGGUUUCAAAUAUUAUUUACUUGGAUUCUCCAGUUGGUGUGGGCUUCUCUUACUCUAAAAAUACAAGCACAUACAUAACAGGAGACCGGCAGACUGCAGCUGAUACACAGGCCUUCCUCCUCAAGUGGUUCGCUCUCUAUCCGGAGUUUGUUGGCAAUCCAUUUUAUAUCGCAGGAGAGUCUUAUGCAGGAAUUUAUGUGCCCACUCUUGCUUCUGAAGUGGUGAAAGGAAUCAAUGCUGGUGCAAAGCCCAGAAUCAAUUUCGAGGGUUACAUGGUGGGAAAUGGGGUGACAGGCUCUGUUUUUGAUGAGAAUGCUCUCGUCCCAUUUGCACAUGGGAUGGCCCUAAUUUCAGACGACAUCUUUGAGGAAGUUGUAGCCGCUUGUGGAAGCAACUAUUCUAAGCCAACUAAAAGUUGUGAUGAAAAUCUUGAAAAGGUUUACAAGGCAAUUGCCGGCCUAAAUAUUUAUGACAUUCUUGAACCUUGCUAUCAUGACCCGAUUGGACAACAAGACUCAAAAGGAAACACAAGCUUGCCAGUUAGCUUCCAGAAAUUAGGAGCUACAGAGAGGCCUCUUGCAGUGAGAACGAGGAUGUUUGGUCGUGCUUGGCCUUUUCGGGCACCAGUUAAGGAUGGCAUUGUCCCUUUAUGGCCUGAACUAGCAGCAAACAAGCUGCAAGUAGCAUGUACUAACGAUGAAGUUGCAACAGCAUGGCUAAACGAUGCAGCAGUUAGGAAGGCAAUUCAUGCAGAACCAGAAAAUGUAGCUGGUCCGUGGGAGUUAUGUACAGACAGAAUUAGCUAUGAUCAUGAUGCUGGAAGUAUGAUUCCUUACCAUAAAACCCUUACAUCUGAUGGUUAUCGCGCACUUAUUUUCAGUGGAGACCAUGACAUGUGUGUGCCAUACACUGGGAGCCAAGCCUGGACAAAGUCACUUGGAUAUAAGACAACAAUUCAAUGGAGAUCAUGGUUUUCUAAUGGCCAAGUUGCUGGGUACUUGCAAGGAUAUGACCAUAACAUCACCUUUCUAACUAUCAAGGGUGCAGGACAUACGGUCCCUGAAUACAAGCCAAAGGAAGCAUUAGACUUCUAUAAACGAUGGUUGGAUCGGAAACCAAUAUGACAUCAAAGAUAGUUUUCUUCCUCAGGAAAAAUACCCUUCCAUUUUUCAUCUCUUGCUAUUGGACACAAUGCAUGUGCUAGAAAGGUUUAAUUUUUUUGUUGUGGGUAUAAAUAAAAUAAAACGAAAGGGAAUGAAUGAAAACAGCUUUUAAUUUUCAGUUUGAUUUGAUUCAAUUACUCAAUAUCUUAUAUUAAAUUUUUUUAAAAAUUACUCAUUCGUGCCUA